UCUGAUUCUGAUUCUCAUCACUUCACUUGCUACAAAUCUUGUAUGCGUUGCUAUCUACUAGUCUAGCCUACAACGACGAUAUCCCGCAACGGUCUUGACGAUAUUUGCUCUCAUGCGCGUGCUCUGACAUAUUCGAAACUUUUCGGAAAUCUUCUUCUCCAAUCAUUUUGAUUAAAUUAUAACUUUUUUGGCCUCGCGAACCCGAACAUAAUUACUUCAGAGAUCUCUGGUUACUGCCUCGCUGGCCACUAAGUUAAAGCGAUGGCACCAAGAUCAAGGCACUCCACAUCAAAAAAAGACACUGCACUUGCUGCACCUCAGCCCAGCCAUGUUAUCCCAGAUUUGACAAAACUUGCAGAUAUGUCAUCACCAGCUGCAGCCGCCCCAAAUGGAACAGCAAUGGAAACGAAUGGAGAGCUCGCGAAAAUCGAGCUUGGGGAAGUAGUGAACGGGGGAAGCGGGUAUGAGCGCGCGGAAGAUCUAAAUGAGAUCACGCGACGCCAGUUGGAGGAAGACGUGAAGGCGUAUCGUUACGAUCUUGACUUCAGCACUGAACUACUGAAGGAUAGCAACCUCAGUCUGUCAGCACAAGAAGUCCGGACGGCGCAAUUUCGGAUUUUGGACAUUGGCCACCAGAUCCGUCACUGCCAGCAUCGGAUAGAGCAAAUCGACGCGCAGCACGCGCUCGCCGCAUCAGCGGUGGCAAACGGUCGCCCGCAGUUCUAUUUUGACACGGCCCCCAAACGGCGCGCCUCUGGCAUGCCUGCGACCAACAAUGGCACGCCGGGCCCGGCUGCCAAACGGCCGCGCAUCUCGCACAUCGGGACUGAUGCCGCGGACGAGACCAUAGAUGUCGAGCUUGCCGACGGCACAUCCGUCCAGCGACUCGGGUACUGGAUGUGCCAUCUCUGUACUGCGAACAAGUAUCUCAGUGCCGGACAGAGUCGCGUACCGAGCGCGCCUUGCAAAUGGCCCCUGCGAGACGUGAGCAAGAUGCUCACCCAUUUCCUCGACAUGCACACGGAGCACGACCCGGAGGAGCGAUGCACGGAACUCGGCAACGCACUUUCCGCCAACCGUGGUCCCUUCGAAUACUGGCUCACGCGGACCAAGCACAUGAAGGUGCGCGACAGUGAUAUUAUGGAUGAGUGUAUCAACACUCUACAGGAAGGACAGGUGCCCGAAGCCCUGAGAAAGAUCAACAGGGCCGCCGGCGCCUUCCCAAACGCGAUGAGCGUCAAGGAUAAGGCAGAAGACGGCUCUACAAAUUAAAAGGCAUGAGAGUUGAAGUCUAAACCCCUCGACUGGCGGCGACGACCAGAACUGAGCCGUCGCCCUCUGUGCCACCCAGCAUUAUGGUGCGGCUUAGGCAGAGCCAGGCAGACCAGUCAACAGGCCAAGUGGAGGCCGAGUGGAGGAAGGAGUGAGUUCCGUGAAUGGGCGGUAGGAAAUGACAAAGGCCUCCUUGGUCAGCAAAGAGGCCACUUCGUGUGUGCGAAUAGCUACUGACCACAAAGGAGUUGUGAUCUGCGCUAGAUUUCACCUUAUCCAAAUAGAUUACGCCAGUGGUCAGUCAGCAAUGUCUGUUAUCGCAAUAGCAAAUGGUGGUUAUGCCGACUGUAGCCACAUUCUGAUAACCGAAUCAUAUGUUUUUACUACUCCGAUGCCUGUCAACGAAUAUAAGCCGU